CGAUAUACACAGUGACCAGCUGGCAACUUUUCCAGCUGACAAUGCAAAUUUCAAACAAAAUAAGAAAAACAAAAAAAAAAAACGGGCAAGUGUGCUUAAAUUAUAGAAACCAAUGCAUAUUUAUUAAGUAAAUUGCAAAGUAUGAUGUCGGCUGACUUUUGUGGGGUUCCAUCGCUACAUUUAAACAAGCAAUCGUAGGGGACCGUGGCAUAAAACACAACGGAUAAGAUAAUUCGGCUCAGCGAUAAUUUCUUGAUAAACAAAGGGACUGACUUAAAACUUUUUCCAGCUGUAUUUACGCAAAGAUUGCGUGCAUUUAAUAUUAAGUACAGAAGCUAGUCAAAUUUGGAGCGUCGAGCAUGUGUGUCAUAUUCUUCUAUGCCAAUUCGCAGCCGAACGCCAAUGGCUAUAAGCUCAUAUUGGCCUCCAAUCGUGACGAGUUCUUCGCCCGCGACACACAAACGGCGGCCAAAUGGACAAAUGCGGAUCACGUAUAUGGCGGCAUUGACCUGGAGCCAGGACGCGAAGGUGGCACUUGGCUGGCCAUUGGCAGCGCUCACGGCAUCUUCAAAGUGGGCGCACUGCUCAAUCUGACCGGGGAGCCAAAGCCGCGCAAUGCAGUCGCGCACAAAAACAUUUUGCAACCGCAUAAUAAUACCAAGAACAGCUGCAACAGCAACCAGAACAAACAGCGGCAAUCAAAUAACGAACAUUUCUUACUAGGACGCGGCAUGAUCGUGGCAGACUAUGUGCGCCAAUCCGAUGUCGAGCAUAACAUUAUCAACUAUAAUCAAAGUCUACUGGCGGACUGCACCAAAUACAGUGCGUUCAAUUUUGUAUCCAUUGAGAUUGGCGACGUUUCGCAGCCGGCACAGAUCAAGCUGCUGAGCAAUGUGCCGCCCACGCUGAUGCCCUUUGAACAGGGGCAAUGCUACGGAUUUGGCAACAGUCUGCCGGACAGUCCAUUCGAGAAGGUGCGACACGGCCAACAGCAAUUCGAACAGAUUGUCAGCGAACAUGGCCAUUCGGAUGUGGCCACAUUGAGUGCUGAGCUCCUGCAGCUGCUAAAAAACAAACAUAAAUUCUGGCCAGAUGCGGAGCUGAAGCGCCGUGCGCCCAGCUGGGGUGAGGGACUGAGUGCUCUAAAUGUGCACAUUCCUGAGCACGGCUACGGCAGUCGCACACAUUCACUUAUCCUGGUCGAUGCCAACAAUAAGCUGCAUUUCAUUGAGGAGACCAUGGCGGGCUUGGAUCCCAGCGGCGAGUGGGAGCGAACGCACAUUGAAAAACAGUUUGAAAACAUUUAAGCAUAAAGACUUUUUCUCUAAUACUUCCUUACGUGCAGCUGCUGUAUGCAUGCAUAUUUUGUUAAUAAGGUAAAAUAUCAAAAUUCAUAAAUAUUUCAAAGCUCAGCCAAAAUUGAAAGCAACAAACCGAUUUCUUUCAAAUGAACCAUAUUAGUUGAAUCUUUGUAAGAUUUUAAACGCAUGCACAGCAAAAAUAAAUUUCUCACUAAUUUUUAAAUACGAAUUUUCACUUAAACUAGACAAACAGACCAUACAUAGCCUUAAGACUGUAUCCUAUAUCUGGUUAACAUAUUCAAGCAAAAGAAAAGUAUUCUAAAUAUACUCGUAAGUAGCACAUUUGUAUGGACUUUGCACAACUAUUUUAAUAUUAUUUGUAGUGCUAUAUAAAACUACACUCAUAUGAUGCCAUGUAUGUAGAUAAGCACGCAUAGACUACGUGUAACGCAUAAUAAAGUCCACAUCUUUAUAGUUGCGAUUGUAAUGUGUUACUUUAAAUGCAGAAGACUUAAAUAUAUAUUAUAUAUACA